UUCCAGCUCCCAAGAUGGCAGCGCUCUGUCUGUUUCCUGGGGACGGGAAUGGAGGGGAGUGAAGCCUGAGGGAGCGGGUCGGGGCCGCGAGCCGCGCCGCGGGGAGGGGGAUGAGGUGACGGGCGCCAUGGCGAGCGACGGCGGCAGGAAGCAGUUCUGGAAGCGGAGCGGCGCGAAGGUGCCGGGCAGUAUCCAACACGUGUAUGGAGCUCAACAUCCACCUUUUGAUCCAUUAUUGCAUGGAACCUUGAUAAAACCAGGUUCAAAGCCACCCACAACUCCAGUGAAACUAAAGAAAGUCAGCACCUUCCAAGAAUUUGAAAGUAACACAAGUGAUGCUUGGGAUCUUGGAGAUGAUGAUGAUGAGCUCUUGGCAAUAGCGGCUGAAAACCUAAAUACGGAAGUGGUCAUGGAAACAGCUCACAAAGUAAUUCAGAAUCACAGCAAGUUACAAGAACAGCAUAAAUUUCAGGAAGAACAUCUACAGGAAGAAAAACAAGUAGAAUUUGCAGAGCUGACUUCAGUUGCCUCUGGUGAUAACAGGCUUGUUAAAUCAGUCAGCGAAGGUCAUACACCGAGUUCAUCAGAUAAUGCGAAUGAAAGUUCUUCCAUGCAGAGGUCGCAGUCACUUCCACAAACUUCGUCACCUCCUUUGAGUGGAGUGGCAGACUCUAAUACCUCAGUUACUCCUGCAUUAACUGAAAGAGAAGCAUCUCGGUUAGACAAAUUUAGGCAGCUACUUGCUGGCCCCAAUACAAAUCUUGAAGAAUUACGGAAAUUGAGUUGGUCUGGCAUUCCCAAACGGAUUCGUCCAAUUGCAUGGAAGCUUCUUUCAGGCUAUCUUCCUGCAAAUGUGGACCGAAGAGAAAGCACUUUACAAAGAAAACGCAAGGAAUAUUUUGCAUUUGUUGAACAAUAUUAUGAUUCCAGAAAUGAUGAAAAUCACCAGGAUACCUAUAGACAGAUCCAUAUAGAUAUCCCACGCAUGAGUCCUGAAGUUUUAAGACUUCAGCCCAAAGUAACAGAGAUUUUUGAAAGAAUUUUGUUUAUCUGGGCAAUACGUCAUCCAGCCAGUGGAUAUGUUCAGGGCAUAAAUGAUCUUGUCACUCCUUUUUUUGUAGUCUUCAUUUGUGAAUAUAUAGAAGAAGAAGAAGUGGAAAAUUUUGAUGUUUCCAAUCUACCUGAAGAAGUGCUGCAGAACAUUGAAGCUGACAGUUACUGGUGCAUGAGCAAGUUACUUGAUGGCAUUCAGGAUAACUACACGUUUGCACAGCCAGGAAUUCAAAAGAAAGUGAAAAUGCUGGAAGAACUUGUUAGUCGGAUUGAUGAACAAGUUCACAGGCACUUGGAUCAGCAUGAGGUGAAAUACUUGCAGUUUGCUUUCCGUUGGAUGAAUAACUUGCUGAUGAGAGAAGUCCCUUUACGAUGUACCAUCAGGCUGUGGGACACAUACCAAUCUGAACCAGAGGGUUUUUCUCACUUCCACUUGUAUGUCUGUGCUGCCUUCCUUGUCAGGUGGAGGAAAGAGAUCCUGGAAGAGAAAGAUUUUCAAGAAUUGCUGAUAUUUUUACAGAAUUUGCCCACUGUACACUGGGGAAAUGAAGAAAUGAGUGUACUCCUGGCAGAGGCCUACAGACUGAAGUUUGCGUUUGCAGAUGCCCCCAAUCAUUACAAGAAAUGAAUAAAAAGAGACACAAAUCAUUAAGACCAACAUCUUCUGCAGUAUUAUGGCAUCUGUUGUUCUGAUUGUGCUUUCAGCUCAUUACUCUUUCAUUUGAAAUAAGAUGACCAUUAAAAUUCUGUUAGAAUUUGCAGAAUGAGAACAGAAUACCAAAGAAAUGGACAAAGCAGGAUAUCAAGAAUUGAAUGAACUUAAAAGUGAACUUUUUUGCUCCGCAUGAAAAAUGAGUUCAGAAGUCUAUAAUGAAGUUUUCCUUUUCUCUGGUUAUAAGAAUUGCAGUCAUUUAAAAUUGCAAUAGUUUAUGUCAAGCAAUUUUUGUAUAUACCUAAGACUUAAACCUAUUCAUGAAAUGAUUUUUUCAUUACUUCAGUGUCAUCUGCCAUGAUUUUAUCUGCUGGUUUUGGUCAGUAAAUAUUAUUUACUUUGAGUGGAAGAAAAAGAACCAUUUGAGGCAGCAAGGUCUGUGUUUUGACGUCUGGUUGUACCUCAGAAGACACUGAUAAUCAUACACCAUCUGUUGUUUUUCCAUGGAAUUAGGUGAGAAUACUUCAAUAAUAUACAAAUAUAGAGGGUUGUGAUAAAAUUUGGUGGCAUUUUCUGAACAUUACUUAGUCUUGCAGAGUAUUGUAGAAGCUUUUUAGCCAUACAAAGGAAUUACUUAAAGCCAAAGACUCAUCUGUAAGACUAAAAUAAAUCCCUCUCUGUAUAUUUUGAAUUGUUCAUAAAAUAUUGAAUGAAAUUGAAGACAUGGUUUUGUAAAAGUAAUUAAAGCUUUUCUUUCGAGGCCUUUCAGUUUCUCAGCAUGAAAGUUCACUUUUAAGAAAUGCAUUAAGAAGCCUGGUUUACAAAGCAAGAUAUAUUUUUAUCUCAGUUGUUGCCUUAUUCUCCAUUUCUAGGAUGUUAGCAAAGGAAAAUUAAUGUAUCCUUCCAAAGCUUAUUUGUUAAAUAAUUUAAUAACUUUUUUCCUGAUUAUUCAGAGGAAGUGAGAAGAUAGUUCCCAGUAACAGUAACAUUAUACUCUGAUCAGUCUUGUGUCGUUAGCAGAGUAAAAAUCCUCAUGACUUUAUAGAAUAAAAUUAAUGUUUCCUUAUGUAAUCAUGGGAUACUGGUUAAUUUUUUAAACUUAGAUAAUUUAAGUGCACUAUUUAUUUUUGAGAAAUCUUUUCAGAUAAGAAUUCUGAUGUUGCUCUAUUUGAUGUAAAUAACUGAUAUUAAUUUGUGCCUACCCUACAUAUACAGGUUAUUAAGGGUGACAUUUGCAAUAAGAGAUAUACUGGAAGCUCAAAAUUGUUAUUUCUCUGUUCAGUUCUCAAAUUGCACAAUGUUGCAUGAAAAGUGUAGUGCAGUUUUAAGUUUGAGAAAUAAAAGAUCUUCAGGAGGUCUUUUUCUUGUGACUUGUUAUUGGAAGAUUAUUUUCAAGUUCUUAAAAAUAAGUAGAUAUAUAUUUUGAGGAGAGCUUUCUAGAUGUGUUGGUUACAUUACUUGUUUAGGGGCCUUAGUUCUUGACACUGACUUUAUAGUAACUAGGUGUUUCAGGGUAAAUAGAAUAAAAUACAUUUUUACCAACAUGUGAUUAUGAGAUCUGUAUUUUAAAAUUAUAUUAAAUCUUUGGUAGAAGAGAGAAAAAAUUUCAUUCAAAAAAUUAAUUAAGAAGCAGGAGUGUUUGGUAAAUAGGAUGCAUUUCUAUUCUACUGGUGUCAGCUGGGGUUUUCAGUUCCAAUGGAUGCAAGUUCAGGCCUCCUGAUUGCUGCAUUUGUGCCUAAGGUGUGUAGUGGAUUUGUGUUUCUUAAAUGUCCAUGUACUGUUUUCUGCAACUUCAGUUUGUGGUCUAAUGUAUUGAAAUUUAUGUUUACAAAGAAUGUCAUAUUGUGCCUAACAGAAUAUCUACCAAUAAUGGAUUAAAGAAACCUGAAGUUUAUGACCAUUUGCUUUAAACUUAGCAUCUGCAAUCAUUUGUUAAUAGAAAUGCAUAUUAUUGAAAUGAGAGAAGACACACAGCAUUAAAUGUACAAUGUUGUAAGAGUUUUCUAUAGUUAACCUUUUUUCUAUUAAGAUGUUACUUAGGUAGUUACAUGUAACAUGGAAAGUUGACCCAAAGUUGUCUGCUGUGUCAGAUGCAUAACAAAUGUGUAACAUUUAUGGGACUUGAUAUAUAAAAUUUCUUUCCUCGGGUCCACAUCAGUUGUCUGCCACGUCUUCCAAAUUCAACAGGUACCUCUUACUUCCCUUGGAAGAAAGUAUUAGCAUUAGAGGUCACGUUAACUAUUGUGUCUGUGUCAGAAGUUGAAUAUUGUACUUGAGCACAUUGCUUUUUAAGGAUAGUGGGAAGUUUCCUGAUAUAGUAACAAUGCUUAACUAUGUAGAUAUAGACUUUUCUGGAAAAUAUGAUCUAUACAAAUAGGAAUAGUUUUCGGUAAGUAGAAGGCCAACAUUUAUGUAAAAUUUUAAAUUUUCAAUACUUUAAGAUUUACAUAAAAUAUUCCAUUUUAUUAAAAAAAUAAAAGACCUUACAUUUAGCAGUUCUACAUCUCAGGUAAAAUGUCACUCCAAACAAAAUAUUAGAUAGAAACUGAAAUAAUGUUAUCAUUAGUGCAUCCCAUGUCCUUUUUUCAAAAUUCAAGUUUCUGAAUACUAUAAAAUUCCUUUGUAAUAUGUAUUUUCUUAUGAAUGAGGCAUCUUGACACAUCACUAGUGAGACCAGGCAGUAAUUUCUUAGAUCUUAUGUGAAAUAUUGAAAUUGUCAUGUCUAAAAUGCGUGUUAAAGAAUUUCUGUAAUAAAAAUUUAAACAAGAAUGUACAUUAUAAAAAGAUUUAUUACUACAGUAUUUGAAAAAUGUAAAUAAACAAAUUAGUUAACUGUGUAAAUACAGUACAUAGAGUAGGAUAGAAAUGUAAAUUGAAAUCCUAUCUAAGUCUGUAAUAUGUUACAAGACGUUAGUUUCAUUUAUUAUUUUUUUUUUUUUUGGCUCAGUUCCUUAUGGAAAGGCCCAUUAGUUUGUUUUUAGCUUCAGAACUGAAGUUCCAUUGUCUGCUUCUGACAAAUAUUAACACUGAGGCACUGGUUAAACCUGUAAAACUGAUGAAAGAUGAGGAAAUAAAUGCAUAUUUAUGAAGUGCUA